GCUACCGCAAUCGCGCUUCUUCGGAGCGCAUCCGCAUUCGUGCCUACGUCGGGACCUGUUGCUGCUAUGUCCCGCGUUGGCUCGACCACCAGCGCCGCUCACCGUAGCGUCCAUCGGUCGUCAGCAUUGAACAUGCAGUUCUGGAAGCCGCCGGCAACGUCGAAGCACACCCGACUGGCGAAGGAGCCUGCUCUCGACAAGUGCAAGCCAGACGCCGACUGGAAGGAGCAACUUCAGCAGAACACUUACCAGGUUCUUCGUGGCAAGGCGACGGAGCCCGCGGGGGUCCGAAAAGCAAGUGGAGGCUUCGACGACGUGUUCGACAAGGGGACGUACGUGUGUGCGGGCUGUCGGACUCCUCUUUACGAGGACAGCCACAAGUUUGACUGCGGGUGCGGCUGGCCGGGCUUUUGGACAAACAUCCAGGACGCUGUUUACGAAGAGAAGGACGCAGACGGAAGGCGGUGCGAGAUCCUCUGCUCCGGCUGCGGAGGGCACUUGGGGCACGUUUUCCGUGGAGAGGGGUUUGGCAACCCGGAACCAAACGAGCGGCACUGCGUGAACUCGGUCUCGCUGGCUUUCAUCCCGGAAGGCAAAACGGACGGCCCCGACGCUGUGGAGUGCACCUAUACGGGACGGGUUUUCGGCGGGACUGCAUGAAUUUAGAUUUGACGGUCACCAAGCGUGUGACAGGUGGACGGACAAGGAAGCACGAGUAUUGUGUGCUGUUCACACUGUGCCUCUCUCUGUGCCUCUCUCGAGCUCUCGUGCU